UUGGUUUUCCAAACAAGUUUCUUGCUUCUGUUUAAAUGCUGAUUAGAACUAAAGCAAAAUACUGCCAUUCAUUUUCUUCGACAUAAAAUGUACAAAACAGAACAAUAUCGACAUUAAUGAGAUUAAUUUCUUUUUGAAAACAAGCGUCCAUCUACUUUGCAGCGAUGUCUAUUUCCACUGAAACUGCUCUGGAGAUCCUUGGUGUGCCAUCGUAUGCAACAAUACAUGAUGUAACCUUGCGGUAUCUCUCUCUUGUAGUACGAUCCAUUCCAGGAUCACGCAGUAGCAUUGAAGAUCUUAGGUACAUCACUUUAGCCUUCUUGACAUUGGUAUUCCCGGAGAAGAAGUUUGAUCUUUGUAUGUCAGUGGGUGAAAUUUAUGGAAUUUUCCAGUCUUUUUUCAAUGGAAUGAGGUUUGAUUAUGAGGAGUGCCACCAUAAUGGAUCUUGCGAUUAUGAUUCUGAAGUAAUAGAGGAUUCUGAAGAAGAAAGAAAGGCUGAUGAUACAGCAAUUGAACUAAUUUUGCAAGAAGAAAAAGAGAAGCAGAAAGCUGAACGAAAGAAGGCAAAGAAAAAGCGCCGAAAGGAAAAGAAGAAGCAACAGAAAUCAGAUCAAGAUUCAAAAUCUGAAACAAGGGCUGAAAAAGUUAAGCUGCAAAAACCUGCAAGCAGUGACUCAAGUUCUGAAGAGGAUGAAGAUGAAAUACUAGCAAGGAGGACCCGAAAACAUAAUCCUAAUGCUAAACAGGACAUUGAUACGUCAAGUGAGUUUGUGGCUUGUAUAGCAGGCAAUAGAUGGAUAACUCUCCCUGCUCCUACGAUAACAAAUGAAGAUGAAGAUGUGUCAAUACAGGAAUCUUACUCAAGUCCAUUGCCUUCAGAAAAUCAGCAGGUAAUAGAACUAAAGAGCAGGCAACUUGCAUUAUUAGGAAAUCAAAAAGCAAGUACAGGUGAUUAUACUGAAGCUAUACGUUUGUUCAGUGAAGCUAUCAAGCUGAACCCUGCUGAUCAUAGAUUUUAUGGCAAUCGUUCCUACUGCUACGAACAUAAUCGUGAGUACGAGAAAGCUUUAAGAGAUGCUGAUAAAUCGAUAUCUUUGUGUCCUACCUGGCCCAAAAAUUAUUUUAGAAAAGGGAAAGCUUUGUUAGGAAUGCAAAGAUAUGAUCUUGCUGAAGAAUGUUUCUUGCAAGUUUUAAAGUAUGACAGUGAAUGUGAAGAUGCCUUGUCUCAUCUACAUACAGUUAAAAUUCUACAAAUUGCUGAGUUCGGUUACAGUGUGCAUGAAGCUGAAGUUGCUCUUUCUAAAUUUGGAUCUGUCAAAGAGGCUCUACUUGGCCUUGUUAGGGGUGAUUUUACGAUAAAUAAUGUUAGUGAAGUUGAUGUCUUUUUAUCUGAUGAAGAAUGUGAGGAGUUUUGGAAGCCUGUUUCAAAAACAAAGCAAGCUGCUGGAGAGUAUGAUAUAAAGAAAGACCCAAAAAAUCCAGAACAGCAUAACUCAUUAUGGAUCGGUAAUGUGCAGCCAACAGUUACUGAGAAAAUGGUGACCAAUCUAUUUUCAAAGUAUGGUGAAUUCAUAAGUGUUAAAGUUAUGCCUGAAAAAUUUUGUGCUUUUGUCAAUUACAAAAGCAAAGCAUCUCCUGGAAAAGCUAUGGCUGCACUACAAGGAUAUCAACUUCAUGGUGCUUUUCUGGAAAUUCGGUUUCCUAAUUUAGCUGGGGAAACAGCUAAACCAAAGAAGAAAAAGCCCGUUUGUGUACCUCUUCCUGACCAAGGGAAGUCUGGACAAGGGCCUGUAAAUGGAGAUGAAUGCUAUUUCUGGCGGACCACUGGUUGUAUAUAUGGAUCACAAUGUCGUUUUAAACACAUUAAAUCUCACAGAGGCAUUGAUAAACAAAAAUGGAUGGAAUCUUGAGUUUUAAUAUUAGUUCUAAAGCCUAGUUUUUAUGCAGAAAACUUUGGUUGAAUUUUGAUGGCUUUGCUUUUCUAUCUUUUAUCAUUUCAUGUGAUAGACUUUCAAUUUCAAUAAGCACUCAAGAUAAAGGAAUUUUUUUUAUAUGUCUUGAAAGAGUUUAUUUAAAUCUUGGAAAGAAAGGGUAAUGCGCAUUUUCUUCAUAAAUUUAAAUGCUACUCACAAUGCAGUUCUUGAUAUUUUUCCAAACUAUUUUCUAUACAUCAAAAUUUAGAUUUCUCUUCAUUUUGUUUUAUUCAAUAAUGGCAUCUUUUUCUUAAAUGAUUUAAAUUUAUUUUUUAGGAUAAGUGAUCAAAAGAAAUAUUCAUACUAAUUCCUUUACUUUAACACACAUCCAUCAUUGUUCCAUUGUAACAAAGUUUAAAUAGUAUAUAUUUUUAAACUUAUAAAUAACUAUUAGCUCUUAUAAUUGUCUUUCCAGUUUUGGUUGAAUAAGGCUUUAUGAGUGCAAAUUUUAAUUUUUGUUUUUGCAUGUUUUUUACACAAUAAAAGAAUUCAGAUUAGACUCGUUAUUUAAUUUGUCAUAGCUUAAAAUUGAAAUUUGAGAUACAUACAUUUUAGCUUAAUGUUUGGCUUUGUUUAAAGACUCUGUGAAUAUCGAAAAAAUGUUGUUAAAGUGCUAAUCUUUACUUGUGUUUAAAAUGGACAGUCUAUAUUCCCAACAAUACAGUAAUAAUGUAAUGUUUAAUCAUGCAAAUUUCUCCGAACAAAAAGGGAAAAAUAAAUUUCCCUCAUAUACAUUUGUGCCUUGAAAAAUGAAAUAUUUAUGUUCAUUAUGAGCUUAAAGCUGCAGAUGAUUAGCUUGUUGGUGAGUUUUGAUGUAUUAAACAUUCCAUUCGUUUUUGGAGUACUUAAACUGUAUCCCUUUCAUCUUGCAUAUGUAUUAAACAUCAUCAUGUAAUUCCUUUUUUCUUCUUGAAUAAAGGAUUUGUG